UUGACCGGGAAGAGCCGCCAAUCGGGGAGAUCGCAAAACACCUGAGAGACCGAGAUGACACGCUCGGGUGAGACUUACCUGCAUACAUCGGACGGGUUUUACCUGAGGAGUUUACCUGUCGGGAUCACCUGUCAGUCAGAAGCCAAGGUACCGAUCAGACGCCUAAACAUGAUGUGAGUAAAACUUGAACAUUAUUCCAACAGAGAAAAAUGACAACCGGCUUCCUGUAACAUAUACUUCUGUAAAAAAUUGAUAUUAUUUGCGACACCACAAUGCGUCACGCGUGUGUGCUGCUACUGGUUAUGUCCCUUUACCUAGCACGUGACUGCGUUCACGGCGGGAAAUACAAAUGGAUGCCGUAUGACCAUUACGACGAACUGGUCGCCAAGUUCAUCUCAGUGCAGGCCCACAACUGCAAGUCCAAGUCAAAAGACGCCUUGUACUUCCGGGACGAUGCUGUGUCGCAGCUGCCGAAAUACAACCAGCUUCUAACCCAGGCUUGGUACGUCAACAGGACCGCUCUCAUCCACCUCCACAACAUGGCGCUCAACAGAGCAUUCUUCUUCAGCUACAUCCUACAGAAAAUGAACGACACGACCAACUUCCAUAUCAUGCCAAACUGGUUAUAUAUGUACAUGUCGGUGACGGCGGACGUCAACGCCAACCCAUAUGGUCUCAACGGCAGCGCCAUCUACUUCGACACCAACUGCUCCUACCCGAACUGGUACACGACCGUCAAUUUCAACAACACCUUGCCACGUUUCGCGCCCAAAGCAUGGAGAUGGGACGACUAUCGGGAUCAGGAUAAUUAUCUCCGGGAAGCGACCCGACGGACUGUCAUGGUUUCGGACAUCGGCGCUGGCCGAGGGUCGGAUUAUACCGACUCUGGUUUUAAGAUGAAUCCCUGGUAUCAGAAAUGGCUGCCUGACGUUGCUGGAGAUAUGGACUCCUUGACAAAGUUCACCUACAAUGUGGGGAUCAGGUACUCCAAUGGGACAGGCAGUUUCACUCACAAGGAGUUCCUGGCUAGCAACUUCUUCGGCCCCUCAUCCCCAAGCCAGAACGAGAAGGAUGAGCGGAUGCUGCCCGUCGUGUGGACCAAGCCCUACUAUGACUGCGGACGAGCCAACAAGUGGGUUCUGAGUGCAACCUCCCCUGUGGUGGACUAUAUGCCUAGAUACUCCAACUGGACACAUCUCCGGCGGCAGAGGUUUGUUGGCGUGAUAACAAUGGACAUCGACUUCAACCAGAUAGAUUUCAACGCGUGUCCGGUCAGUAUAGGCAAUCCUGGUCCAAGCUUCCUGUCCGGAGUGUCGCGCUGCAAGACCAAGACUACAGGUUGCAAGCAUAAGCCGGGUUUCAAGUUCAAGCGCGGGGGUUAUGUCUGCGUGUGUCGACCCGGCUACAGCUACCCGAAGUGGAUAGACCCCCCUUUCCAGGGCGUCCACAUCGAACAGGCCACAGAGGAAGAAUAUAAAACUGGCUUCCAGUGCACCUCAACUGACUUCCGACAGGUACUACCAGUUGUUGACACGCUAGAGGGCGUGACCAUCGAGGGGGGAUCCAACACUCUGACCAGUGGAGGCGUGGACCUUGGCACCAGCAGUCUGACGUCACGCUUCAAAUCACGCCGUCUACGAUCAAUUAAUGAAUCUUACGAAGAGGAAAUAUUGGUGAAAUCUGAACAAGAGGAGGCCGCCAGCAACGACAACAGCAACAUAGACUACGGCUACUACAACAUCCCGAACAUCUACCCUCAACCCGAGCACCUCACUAUAAAAAAGCUGACACCGAAACACGUCAUGAAAAUCCGAAAAGGACUCCAAAAUGGCCACCGGAGGUAUAUAAGUAAACACACGAUGCGAGAGCUAAGGGAAUACUGGCGUGACAAAUAUAACGUCACAAAAACGAGAAGAAAAAGGUCUACAUCAUUUGACCCCAAAGCUUUUAAUCGGAUGAUGAGUGUCUUUCGACACAAGGAAAGCGUAACUGCUGAAAAUUGUCACACAAAGGAACCCUCCUUGCUACAAAUGGCGGGUGAUGUUGGGUACGGGGUCAACAAGCAGUUUGAGAUGGAGGCAAGGACUGCGUUGCGACUUGCUCAUUUCAUCAGCAAUUACCUCCAAAAUAAUGAUCCUAAUGAAAACUUUGGCAAUCUGCGAGGCGGCGGACGGCUACAUGUUGAACACCUCUUCGGAGAAGUCAUCGCCAAUGUUAUGUCCAAUUUCAAAAUCCGUUCCAGUGGGGUGUUCUUUGACCGGAAUCAGUUUGUAAAUCAGGACGAUACAGUGAGAGAGUUCUUCGGACCCCUGGCUUUUAAGAAAGAAGGGAGUUUCUAUUCCGUGGACACAGCAGGUCUGCCGAAGCACUACGUCGAUGAAGAUUGGUACCGGGAGCAGAAGGGGAGGUGGGGGACGAACACCGAGGGGCUGAAGACCUACAAGAUGCGAUCCCUUGUGAGAUCCGAUCCUGCGGGGACAAGUACAGUCAGACACGAGUACUUUCCUCUGAGAUACAAGGCCCCAGCCUAUACUGACGGCACAUGGGGCAGGCCUACAUUCAAGUGUGAUGGCAGGGUGGACGAGUGGGUGAUGACCUAUGUGGUGCCGUUCUUUGGGUUCGACCAGCUGAGGAGGAAACUUUUGUUCAAGGGUGUUGUAACCGUGGAUGUCCCCCUUAGCCUCCUCGAGAUCAAUCAGUGCCCUCAAAACUUCUAUGUCGCGAACGCCUUUAAGAAUACAGCCAAGUGCGACCAGCUGUCAACCAAGUGCGGCCCCCUGGCGGGCUUCAAGUUCCUGCGUGGUUCCUAUCGCUGCACGUGCAGGGAGGGCUUUGAGUACGGUCACAUGGAUGGCAAGUUCUGGAUAGAGGGAUCGCUUCUCGAACUGGAGUGGGAAAAGAAAAUCCGAGGCCUUUUUAGCAGAUUUGACGCCUUAAGAUGUCGGACAUCCUCAUCAUCAGUGUCCUCGUACAGUGGCCUUCUCGUGGGGCUCAGUGCAGUUAUCUCCCUUAUUUGGACUAAAACCGACUAUUGGCUUUCCUAGACGCAUGGUGCUCUAAUACUCUAUCAAGUGGCAGCAAGGAAUGAAACAAGUUCAAUAUGAAAUAACACUUUUUUCAUCAAAUGAUAUGAAUUCAGAACAGUUUAACAACACGUUGGGCAAUCGUUAUCAGCUUGAACCACAGGACCUCAACAGUAUCUCAACAAUUAGAUCUCUGUUCAAGUCCAAAUGGCCAAAGUGGGAACAUUUAAAAAAAUUAGAUCACCAACGGUGCCUAAAAACAGUCAAAGACUGAAUAAGAUAUCGCAUUUGAUAACAUGUUAUUAUUAUUUUUUAAUUUGUUUAUGAUAGUUUGCAGGACGUUUGCUCAGUGCUAUGUUUGGCGUCGCCUUGAUAUGUAUUGUCAGGCGACGCGAAGAGAUAUUGCCGUAUUCAAGCAUGAUAAAACCAGAUAUUCAUCUAACAUCAAAAGAAUUUCUUGCAUACUUAUCCAAAUGUGCCAUUAUGGAAGAAUUUGUGUUGUAUUUAUAUAUAGUUUUAUGAUUUCAUCGUGUCAAUGAGCUACCAUGAUGUUCAGUGUUUUAAACAAUGACAUUAACUCGUCCUAUUUAAAUCCGACAUCCAAGGACAUCAAAGUGACCUAACACUUCGCUAGUACACGUGACGUCAUACGUAGCGGGGGAAAUAUUAUGGAACAUGAUAAGAAAUGAUUACACUAACAAUCAAUAACAAAAAAUGUCCAUGAAAGCAAUUAACAUCACAUCGGGGGUCAGAGUAUCGGGGUGUCUUCUCAGUAGGGGGCGACAUCAAGUUGAUAGUACUGGUUUUAUACAAGUUUGGUUUAUACAGGUAGGUAUUUACAAAGGGUUUUGAUGCCCUGAAGCACCUCGCCAAACCUUUGGUAGGCGAAGGGUUUAGACUUUCCUCUCUUCGUCUUACUUACUUACUUAGUUAUAUGACCCGUGAAGAUCCGGGGUAGAAUAGGUCUUCAGCAACCCACACUUGCCGUAUAAGGCGACUAUGCUGGUCGUAAAAGGCGUCUAACGGGAUCGGGUGG